GUGCUAGCCUGGCCACCCGCCGGCCCAGCUCCGGCCAGCCCGGCCACCCGCGGCGCCCAUGGCUGGGAAGGCGCUCUCGCUGCUGCCCUCGCUGCUGCCCCCGCUGCUGCUGGCCGCGGCGGGCCUCGCCGGCCUGCUGCUGCUGAGCGUGCCCACUCGCGACGUCCGGGAGCCGCUCGCCCUCAAGUAUGGGAUAGUCCUGGACGCUGGCUCUUCCCACACGUCCAUGUUCAUCUACAAGUGGCCGGCGGACAAGGAGAACGACACGGGUAUCGUGAGCCAGCUCAGCUCCUGUGACGUGCGUGGUGGAGGCAUCUCCAGCUACGCAGACAACCCACCCGGCGCGGGCCAGAGUCUCGUGGAGUGCCUGGACCAGGCACUUCGGGAGGUGCCCCAGGAGAGACAGCCGGGCACACCCCUCUAUCUGGGGGCCACGGCGGGCAUGCGCCUGCUCUACCUGCGCCGUCCCGAAGCCUCCGCCAGCGUCCUCCAGGCCGUGGAGCGCGUGCUCUCCCAGUACCCCUUUGACUUCCGUGGUGCGCACAUCCUCUCCAGCCAAGCCGAGGGCGUGUUUGGCUGGGUGACCGCAAACUAUCUGCUAGAGAACUUCAUCAAGUGUGACUUGGGGGGCCUGUGGUCCUGGCCAAGGAGGAAGACGUUGGGGGCUCUGGACCUGGGGGGAGCCUCCACCCAGAUUACCUUUGAGACCGCCACACACCUCGAGGACCCCAGUACGGCUGUGCAGCUGCAGCUUUAUGGGCACCGCUACCACCUCUACACCCACAGCUUCCUCUGCUACGGCCGAGACCAGGUCCUGCAGAGGCUACUGGCUGCUGCCGUGCAGGCCCACGGCUUGCACCCCUGCUGGCCCAGGAACUACUCCGCCCAAGUGCAGCUCCAGAGCUUGUAUGAGUCACCGUGCCUGGCUGCCCUGCGGCCCCAGACCUUCAACAGCAGCGGCCGGGUCAGCGUGUCGGGCGGCAGUGACCCUGUCCUCUGCCACCACUUGGUCUCCCAGCUCUUCAGCUUCUCCUCCUGUCACUUCUCCCGAUGCUCCUUCAACGGCACCUUCCAGCCCCCCGUGGCAGGAAACUUUAUUGCCUUCUCUGCCUUCUUCUACACGGUGGACUUCCUGAGGACAACGAUGGGGCUGCCCGUGGCCAGCCUGUCGCAGCUGGAGAUAGCAGUACGGACACUCUGUAGUCAGAGCUGGGACGAGCUGCAGGCUUGGGUUUCCGGCCCCAAGGACCACCUGCCCCACUACUGUGCCAUGGCCACGUUUGUGCUUCAGCUGCUGAGCCGCGGCUACGGGUUCGAUGAGGGCACCUUCAGUGGGGUGACCUUCCAGAAGAAGGCUGGGGACACUGCUGUGGGCUGGGCGCUGGGCUACAUGUUGAACCUCACCAACCUGAUCCCCUCCGAGUCUCCUGUGCUGCGCAAGGGCAUCAACGUCCACUCUUGGGUGGCCCUUCUCCUGCUCUUCGCCGCUGCGGUCCUGGCAGCUUUUGUUCUGCUGCUGUGCCAGGCGCGCUCUGCCAAGUCAUCAAGUGUCAUUUAGAGUGCAGGCAGGCCAGCCGCUGGCCACUGCUGCGUCUGGCCAAGCCAUAAGUCCUUCCACCCGCCCCCACCUCACUCACAUGCGCUUCCUUGAAGUCAGCCCCAGAACCCUGAGACUGUGGGAUGUGCACACGCAGGGACAGGCGUCCAAAAGCCCCCUUCCUGCACGCACCCUGGUUUUGCCCAAGGCCACCAGCCCCUUCUCUUCCUGGAGUGGGGGUCAGACUCCUCCCAGCCUCAGCCGGGCGCUGCAGGCUGCUUUCCCUGCAGUGGGGCCUGUGAUCCAACAGCUGGAUCCUCAUGCCCCUCUGAAGUCUGUGUGGGUACUGGGGUUGAUCAGGGCCCCCAGGCUGGGGAUCUGGCAGGCCCCCUUGUAUGCAUUUUGUA